AUCUGUCACAUUUGUCAAUCUUUUCGGGAUAAUUUUAUCAAAAAUGUGUAAUACUCUAUUGUGUUAUCGCUUUUGAUGUAAAAUAUCUCGCUUCAGUUAUUCGAAGAGCACAUGUGCAGGGCACAAUAGAAUUCGAAAGCACUUAUUACAUAAACAGUCCCCGAACCUCGUAUAAACUUUUAAGUCAAAAUGGGUAACGUACACGCUUAUUCAGCUCCGGCACCGCCGCCGCCGCCGCCUUGCCCCAAGCCGGACGUAACCAAGAAAACGGCACCGGCCAGCUGCAGAGAGAAGCUCGAGAAUCCGGGUCCCUUAGAGGAUAUCCACACAAAAUGCAAAAGCGUCUUCCCAACAUGCUUCGAGGGCGCAAGGAUUAUGCUCACGCGCGGCCUGAGCAACCACUUCCAGAUAUCGCACACCAUCAAUAUGAGCUCGGUGACUCCCAGUGGCUAUAGGUUUGGUGCCACUUAUGUGGGGACGAAACAGUUGUCCCCCAGCGAGGCCUAUCCGAUUUUGCUCGGCGACAUCGAUCCAUCGGGCAAUCUUAACGCCACUAUCAUUCACCAGUUGCAGAGCAGGCUCCAAGCCAAAUUUGGGGCCCAGGUCCAAGGAUCUCAGUUUACAGUAGGACAACUAACAAUGAAUUACAAGGGAGAUGAUUUCACUGCCAGUUGUACAGUAGCUAAUCCAGACAUUAUUAAUGGGUCUGGUGUGGUUGUGUUACAUUACUUACAGUCGGUGACUUCUAAAUUAGCUUUGGGUUCCGAAUUAGCGUAUCAGAAGGGUACAGGAAUACCAGGAGGAGAAAUUGCUCUUUUGAGUAUUGCAUCCAAGUAUACCACAGAAAAUGUUCAGUUGUCUGGAACGUUGGGAGUUUCCGGAGUGCAUUUGUGCUAUUAUCAGAAAGCUAGUAAACAAUUGCAAAUUGGUGUGGAACUGGAGGCAAAUCACAGAAUGCAGGAAUGUGUUGCUUCAAUUGGUUAUCAAGUUGAUUUACCUAAAAGCGAAGUGGUAUUCAAAGGACACAUCGACUCAAACUGGUCAGUGGGUGCAGUGUUAGAAAAGAAAUUGAGCCCCUUGCCUUUCACCUUAGCAUUUAGUGGACUUAUGAACCAUAGUAAAAACCAGUUUAGACUGGGUGUUGGUAUACUUAUUGGUUAAAGGCAUUUAAAGAGAGCAUUUUCGACAACUGAAUGGAAAAUUCAUUGUUGAACUAGAUAUUAAAAGUUUCUACUUCA